AUGGAUCAUCUCAAACAGAUCUUUGCCCAAUGCCUACACGAAGGCCGUCCAGCGCUGGUCACGUACGCCGGAGGAGCAGAUAUCAUUGAACUGGGUCUCACCUUUACCGAUCCUAUCGCAGACGGUCCGACCAUCCAAAAGUCGAAUUUGAAGGCCCUCCAAAAUGGCGUCACAGUCACCUCGAUGUUGGAGAUGGUUAGGACUGCGCGGAGAAAAGGGUUAAAGGCUCCAGUGCUGUUUAUGGGUUACUAUAAUCCUAUUCUGCAGUAUGGAGAGUCGAAACUUUGGCGGAUUGCGUCGACGCCGGGGUCAAUGGUUUCAUUAUUGUUGACCUGCGUCCGGAAGAAGCGACUCUCAUACGUCCCUUUGAUCGCACCUUCCACCACCGAAGACCGCAUGAAGGUCCUCUGCAACAUGGCCGAUUCCUUUAUUUAUCUUAUCUCCCGCAUGGGCGUCACCGGCGCCACUGGGACCCUCAACGCAGACCUUCCCGCCCUCAUCCGGCGCCAUUUCCUGAGCGUGACCUCCAUCGCCGACGGCGCCGUCAUCGGCAGCCAGGUGAUUACGAUCCUCGAUAACGCCCCUGCCGGACAGGCCGCCCGGGCAGUCGAGGACUAUUGCUCGCAGAUUACACAAAGGAAGGUUACCAGUGUGCCUCCUGCGGGGAUGGGGACGAAUGCGGUCGUCCCGCCUUCUGUAGACGGAGAAACGGCUGUGACCGACGGCUCAGGGUGGUUCGGUGUCUUCGGUGGUCAAUACGCCCCAGAGGCCUUGACCACCUGUCUGGCCGAACUCGAGGCCGGUUUCGAGGCCGCUCGUAACGAUCCCACAUUCUGGGAGGAAUACCGAUCGUACUAUCCAUACAUGGGCCGUCCGUCCAGCCUGCACCUGGCUCCGCGACUGUCCGAACACGCCGACGGCGCGAAUAUUUGGCUGAAGCGGGAGGACCUCAACCACACGGGAUCUCACAAGAUCAAUAAUCCCCUGGGCCAGAUCCUGGUUGCGCGUCGACUGGGUAAGACGGAGAUCAUCGCCGAGACGGGUGCGGGUCAGCACGGGGUCGCAACUGCGACUGUCUGCGCUAAAUUCGGCAUGAAAUGCACCAUCUACAUGGGUGCGGAGGAUGUCCGUCGACAGGCUCUGAAUGUGUUCCGCAUUCGCCUGCUAGGGGCCACAGUUGUCCCAGUUGAAUCGGGGUCGCGCACGCUCCGGGAUGCGGUGAAUGAAGCCUUCCGUGCGUGGAUUGCGCGCCUAGAUACCACGCAUUACAUUAUUGGGUCUGCGAUCGGGCCUCAUCCCUUCCCGACCAUGGUACGCACGUUCCAGAGCGUGAUUGGUGAGGAGACCAAGGCGCAGAUGCGAGACCUAGGCAAGAGCCCGGAUGCGGUGGUUGCCUGUGUUGGGGGCGGCUCCAACGCAGCCGGCAUGUUCUAUCCAUUCUCCGAGGACGCCUCCGUCCAGAUGGUUGGCGUGGAAGCCGCAGGUGAUGGUUUGGACACAGAACGACAUUCAGCUACCUUGAGUCGAGGCUCCGUCGGGGUUCUUCAUGGCUUUCGGACCUAUGUCCUGCAGAACCGGCAUGGACAAAUAUCCGACACUCACUCAGUCUCAGCGGGACUGGACUACCCGGGCGUUGGACCGGAACUAGCUCACUGGAAGGAGAGCAAGCAGGCGACAUUCCUUUCAGCUACCGAUGCCCAGGCCCUGCAGGGCUUCCGACUGCUGAGCCAGUUGGAAGGUAUCAUUCCCGCGUUAGAGACCUCCCACGCGCUCUGGGGGGCAGUCGAGGUAGCCAAGCAGCUGGGACCGGGCAAGGAUCUCGUGUUAUGCUUGAGUGGCCGUGGGGACAAAGACGUGCAGACCGUGAUCGAUGAGUUGCCCACGGUAGGGCCUCAGAUUGGAUGGGACUUGCGGUUUUGAAGGUUAGAAGUAUGUUGCGUAUGCUUUUGAGAUAGUGGGAUGGAUCAUUUGACAGAGUAAAAAG